AUGCAAAAUUCAGCAUUUUCAAAUAAUCCACGAAAAUUAAAUCAUGAAUUUAAAGAAUGCUUAGAACAUGAUUGGAAAGAAUCAAUGAAUACUAUGAAGAAACUGAUUGAUCUAUUGGAACAUCUUCCACCAGUAUCUACACAGGUCUUCCGAGAUAUGGAUAGUGAGAAAAAUGAAUUGAAAAGUUUACUUCACGAUUCACGUCUCAUCAUCAAAGAAAUGCAAGCAUUAGAUGAUGUAUUAGAAGCAAAAGCAACAUUGGAUCGAAUUCAUAAGAGCUACACAACAACAUCAGUUCCAUAUCACAAUACUCUCUGCUCAAAUUGUCACUAUGUCUGUCAUGAAAGGUGUCAAUUGAACGAAACAAAAAAUCAAGGAGAUGACACACUGUCUCAAUGUGCAGCUUUCAAUUUUAGUGGUCAAUGUAAAAAUUGUCCAGGAUUAUGCCAUGUCAAACAACAUUAUCAUGCAAGAAAAUUAAUUAAACAAACCGAUCGUACUCAGCUUGAACUAUUGAAAUCGAUCGAAGCUGAACAGGCACUCAAAUCUAGAGCUGCUAUCGAUAAAAAACUGCAAAAUCAGUUGGAUGAAAUCAAGCAUCGAGCUGAAUAUCUCAUCGAUACAUGUGCUGAAUUCAACAUUGCUGAUGAGUUCUACAUUUUUGUCGGGUAUCUCCAAACCGAUAUGAAACUGUUGAAAUCUGCCGAUGCUAAACGACAAGCAAACGACUUUUUAAAAAAAGUGAAAGCUGUUUGUGAUGAGCUGGCCAAUAAGCAACCGCACCAAUCAGCCACUCGAACUGAUGAACAUCUAGCAACUACGAAUCCUGAACCAGUACCUUCGAAAGUACCUGCGCGAAACCGAAGCCAACCGUCAACAGAAGAGGCCUGUAACUAUCCUGCUGAGAGAUUAGAGUCCCAAAAGUCAUCAAAAGAGAAGACAAUCGAAUAUUGGAUGAACCAUGAUAAAAUGGACACCGAUGCACAUUAUCAUGGACCAGUCAGUCAUGGCGAGCAUCAUUGUCAUGUAGAUGAAGACGCAACAAACUCUCGACGAAAAGAAUUUGAAGAAGAAAUCGAACGUCAUAUGUAUACCCGUGGUGUAGAACAAGAUGACAUCAAUAUUGCAAAGAUUAUCGAUGCAGUAGAAUCAUUUGACGGUCUCACCUGUGUUAUCAUUGUAAUGAAUGGCACAAAUGCUCGUCUUACAACCAAUAUUCAAAAUGUUAUUGUACGUCUACAGGGUUUCCUUCCAGAUAUCGUUAUGAAAGAUGUAAUCGUCGCCUUAACAAAUGUUAGUCGUCAUGCUGCCAAUAUGGAUUUGGAAGAAGCACUUCAAAACUUACCAUCAACUGUAUAUCCAUUUUAUAUGCAAAAUUCAGCCUUUUCAACAGAUCCGUCGACAUGGGAUGAAGAGGUAAGAUUAGAUUUGCAAAAGGAUUGGAAUUUGGCAAUGACAGAGUUGAAACGGUUAGUGGAUAGAAUUGAUACUUUUGGAUUACAACCUGUACAAGCGUUUAAAGACAUGCAAGCCAUUCGAGGCCAUAUAAAGUCUAUGAUGCAUACAGCACGUCUGGAAGUUGUCAAAAUCCAACAGAUGCAAGACGAGAUUGCUACUCUAGCAGUUAAUAUGAGUGGUUACGACAACGAUAUCACUAAUAAUAAAAAUUUUACACGAACAGUACAAAUUCCAGAAAUUGUCCCGGCAGACCAUUACAAUACAAUCUGUUCUACCUGUAACAGCGUGUGCCAUCAAAAGUGUGGUGUAACGGAAACAUUUCAAAUGGGUGAUGAAAAACUGAAGGGCUGUUACUGUAUGGGUGCUAAUAAUCAAUGUCGAAUAUGCAAAGGUCACUGUUCCUAUAUCUUCCAUCGUCAUCAUCGAGAAACAGUGAUAACUGUAACUAAAACAAUUCAAGAAGUACUGCAUGAUAUCAAGGCAAAAUUUGAUUAUGCAACAAAUAAUAAAAAUGCUGCUACACAAAGAUUGACAACACUAAGAGAUCAAAAAAAUUUACUAGAGAGAGCACUGCAACAGAAAAAUGAAGAAAUCAAACAGAAAUGUAGGGAAUUAAAGCAACAUUGCCGAGGUUUUAAUAUUGCAGAAGAACUCAAUAUAGUUAUCGGACAAUUGGAAUCAUCAAGACAGACACUAAAAGAUUUAGAUGCAAUUCGUCAAGCUGAUGCAUUUAUCAAUAGUUUGAAAGCAUUAUGUAAGCAAUUGGAGACCGAUUUAACCUUGCAGACACAAAAUGUGAAUCAAAUGAGAAUAUAUGUGGACCCUAAUUCAGAACCACGAACUCCACGAGAUCAACCCGUCUCGUCAACUACAAAUCGGAAUCAUCAUCAGCAGGCACAAGGUCAAAAUCAUGAGCAACAGUCCAAUUGGAAUGCAACUAAUUCCCGGAUUCGAAGACCAGAAAAUAAUUCUGCUUCCACUCACGGACCAAGACCUCCUAACCAGGCGUCUUCACCACAUCCAAAUCAACAAGUUCGUUCUCGUCCGGCUUCAGGUGCCGCUACUGGAAAAACAUACGUUAAGAAAAUUCACGUCACAGGUUUUCCAGAAGUUGAAAAACGUUCAAAACCAGUUUUUUAUAGGAAUGACAAUCAACAGUCACCUUGGAACGAAUCUUCUGGUGCCUAUGGUCGUGGUCGUGGUCGUGGUCGUGGUCGUGGUCGUGGUCGUGGUCGCGAUCGUGGUCGUGGUCGUGGGCGAGGUCGAGGUUCAGGUCGAGAUCAAGAUCAAGAUAGACAUCAUCCUAGUGACGAUGAACAUGGUUCACCAGAUUAUCAUCAGGCGGGAGGUGCAUCUGAAGUAGUGAACCAGGUUUAGAUGCAGAUGCCAAUAUUGCAGGACAACAACCUACAUGCAGACAACAGUAAAAAACUAAAAGGAUUAAUAAAAACAAAAAGAAACAUUAGUAAAAACAACUCGAUGACGGGAAAUUAAUCGAAAAACAGAUCAAUCUAUAUUCACAUAGAAUACAAAUCACUCUGCUAGUCUCAACUUAUUAUUAUUGAUAAAUAGUGCUAUCAAGUGAAGAACUCACAGAUCUAUACGACACCUGUUUCGUCCUUUCUCAAGGGACUCGACGGGCAUCUUUAGAGUUCUAUUAUUACAUAAAUCUAAACUCUCCAAAUAAUUGUAAAAUAGGGCUAUCAAUUUUUUUAAAAUAAAGGUGCGGGUGUUAGUGUGGGUGUGGGUGUGGGUGUG